CUACCUGCUCUCCCCCCUGCCCAUCCGAAGUCAAGGCUAAGGCUGGAAUGAUGUGGGCUCCCCGGGCAGGGCUAGGGGCGCCUCUCCUGUGGGCGGGCUGCGGAUACGCGGCCUUCUGAGCCCGUGGGGCGCCGCCCACCAUGUUCGCCAGUCCUGCGGGCACCAGCACCCCGUUCUCCGUCAAGGACAUCCUCAACCUGGAGUUGGAGCAGCGACAGGAGCAGCAGCAGCAGGAGGAGGAGGAGGAGCGGAGGCGCCGAAGCCUGGGGGCCAUGGAGCUGCCCGCGCGCCUAGAGGCCGGCCUGCCCCCUGCGUCCUGCAUGCUGGCCGCCUUCAAGCAGGAGGCUUACGGCGGCCCGGAGACGGCCGGCCUCCAGGAGCUGGCUCUGACCGACGGGCUGGGCCCGGCCAAGCAUUGCCCGGCUUUUCCGGCUGCCUUCUACGGGAAGAGCUACGCGCACAUGGAGCCGGCCAAGGAGCUCAAAACUGACAAGAAAGAUCUUUGUUCCCUGCAGAAGAACCUGGAGUUGGAGAAAAAGGACUUAGAAGACCCCGAUCGCCCAAGGCAGAGAAAGAGGCGGAAACCCCGGGUUCUCUUCUCUCAGGCCCAGGUCUAUGAACUGGAGAGAAGGUUCAAACAGCAGAAAUACCUGUCGGCUCCGGAAAGAGACCACUUGGCCAGCGUGCUGAAGCUAACCUCCACGCAGGUCAAAAUCUGGUUCCAGAACAGAAGGUACAAAUGUAAAAGACAGAGACAGGACCAGACUCUGGAGAUGGUGGGCCUCCCCCCGCCUAGGAGGAUAGCCGUGCCAGUGCUGGUGAGAGACGGGAAGCCCUGCCUGGGGGACUCUUCUCCCUACAGCUCCCCCUACAACGUCAGCAUCAACCCGUACAGCUACAAUGCCUACCCGGCCUAUGCCAACUACAGCGGCCCAGCGUGCAACCCUAACUACAACUGCGGUUAUCCCUCAGUGCAGGCCGUGCAGCCCUCGCCAGCGGCCAACAACUUCGUGAACUUCAGUGUCGGGGACUUGAAUGCAGUGCAGACGUCCAUUCCGCAGAGCAACGCGGGGGUCUCCACUUUGCAUGGGAUCCGGGCCUGGUAGGAAGAGCGGUCUCUGGCUUUCCAGGAGUGGAGAAAAGGGAGGGAAAGGGGUCCAAGUGCGGGUUUCCAGGCUCUCGCGACCCCCCCGACGCCCCUCUGCUCACCACCCUCCCCCAUUACCCAUCUGACUGUAAAGGUAGGGAGGCUGUGGGCUGCUGGAGAAAGCGGGAUGGGAAGCCUGUCGGUGUAACCCCGGAAGCUGCAGCUAACCUGGACUGCUAGAGAAAAGAGGACCAGGAGGGGAGGGAAAGGAAAGGGGCCUCAGGAGAAUCCUACUGCCCCUUUACGUUGUUGACCUGGGACUCUCUGGACAAAGCGUCGACCCCAGGCUAGCAGCUGGGUGAAUGAGGUCGUCCUUCCAGUAAGUUACGAAGUACUGGACGGAAGGAUUUCUAUCCGUGCCUACUUGGGCCCCCAGCGACGGAUAGAUAGGAAAAACUCCCUGCCUGUCGGCGGAGUGCACGGCCGCCAGAACCAAGAACCAGAGAGAGGCACGUCAACCCCCUUCCCGGAGGCCUGGUUACAGCCCCUGCAGCCCCUGCAAUCCUUCAACCCCUGCCUCCUAGCUCCCGGGAGGCUCUCUCAGCUCUCAGGGUCCAGGGCAUUUGGGCACCAACACUACCAUUCAGAAAGAUCAUAUUCCGUGGCCAGACAUCGAGGCUGGGGUCUAUGGGUCCCCCUUCCCUCCAACCAAAAUCAGUGAAUUCGAAGGGAGCCAGACCUCCUUCCACCCCAUCUAAAAUCAGCAGGUUCUUAGAAAGUAAGGCGCCUAGGGGAAGGAGAGAGAGCGGUAUUAGCAUUCUGAGGCCAGAGUCACCUUGUCAGAUAUCAGGUGGCAUAAUACCCGGAAACUGUUCCCCCCAAAAAAAUUUGACCCUCCCUAGCUCGCCAUCACCUCUACUCUUCAUGCCCCUCCCCCAAUGAGAGCGGCUGCUUCCGAUCUUGGUGCCUGACCUGCUGGAGAUAUGAGCUCACCCUCUCUGAUUCCGCUGCUGGUCCUAUUUAAGUGUUUUCUUAUUGUUUGUAAGAAACGAGACCCGAACCACCCCGCUCCGACCUGUCAUUAAAGAGCGUGAACGAA